AUGCCUUCUUCCGUACAAACUACUUAUCUUACAUAUUCCAGUGCCAAUACACUAAUUAGUGGUGAUGCCAGUCGCAGUGGUUGUGUAUGGUUUCGAGCUGGAACUGGAGGAUGCAAUCAACAUUUUGCUUUAUCUGUUAUUGAUGCCAGUCAUGUUACUAUAUAUGGCAUGUGUGGUGCGUAUGAUAACGCUAACAUUAAUGUUGGUCAAAGUGUACUCUAUGAUGGAUCUUUCCAUCAAGUAUGUGUUACAUAUAAUAAUGUGAAUUCACAAUUAUGUAUUUAUCUUGAUUUAUCGCCACCUAAUUGUCUUACUCGAACGAAUGUUGUCUACAAUACCGGUUCAGGCGACGUACGGAUAUGGUGA